AUGGCACACACUAUUCGUUGGGGGAUCAUGGCCACUGGCUGGAUCGCCAAGACAUUCGUCCGCGAUCUCCUCCAAGACCCCAAAGCCCGCGACGCCUCCGACAUUGCCCACCAAAUCGUCGCCGUCGCCUCGUCCUCCUCCAAAGACAAAGCAACCCAAUUCAUCUCUGCCCUCUCAAUCCCCGACCCCUGCACCGCCUACUCCAACUACGAGGAUCUAGUCGCAGACCCUGCGAUCGAUGUCAUCUACGUCGCAACCCCGCACUCCCACCACUUCCAGAAUGUCAUGCUAGCCCUGAACGCGGGCAAGCAUGUCCUCUGCGAAAAGGCAUUCACGGUCAAUGCGGCACAGACGAAGAUUCUGUGCGAGACCGCGCGGGAGAAGGGUCUGUUCUUGAUGGAGGCAGUCUGGACUCGCUAUUUCCCGCUGAGCGUGCAAGUUCGGGAGAUUAUCCAGAGUGGAGAGAUUGGGGAGGUACUGAGGACGGUGGCGGACACGAGUUUCGGCGAUGAUGUCGAGGAGAAGUGGGGGACGACGCAUCGCAUGGUGAAUCCGGAUUUGGCGGGUGGUGCGUUGUUAGAUUUGGGAAUCUACUCCCUCACCUGGGUCUUCCAAACCCUGUACCACACGCUCCCCAAGGAACAGCGCAAGCCGCCAACGGUCACCUCCCAAAUGACCCCCUACCACCUUACGGGUGCCGAUGAAUCCACGACUAUAAUCCUCAAUUUCCCCACCAGCACGCCCACCAACGCUGGCCACCCUGCCCGCUCGCACGGCGUCGCAAUGACCAACAUCCGCGUCUCGGGCGACCCGGACGAGCAGGGCACUUCGGGCCCCAACAUUCGUAUCCAGGGCACCAAGGGCGAGAUUCAGGUGUUUGGGCUUCCGUUCCGGCCGACGCGGUAUCGCGUGAUUCCUGUCAAGGGUGCAGGACCGGUGCGUGAUGUAGAGUGUCCGUUCCCGGCCGGGGGACAUGGGAUGUUCUGGGAGGCGGAUGAGGUGGCCCGGUGUUUGAGGGAUGGGAAGGUGGAGAGUGAGGGGAUGCCGUGGGAGGAGAGCAUCGUUAUUAUGGAGGUGAUGGAUGAGGUGAGACGGCAGGGUGGGUUGGUGUAUCCGGCUAAGAUUGAGUCGACGGAGUAUCCGUUGCAGUUGUAA